UGCACAUAUAAAUUAAAUAAAAUAGAAUUUAUAGUUACUAGAUCACUAUAGUAAAAUACUAGUUAUUAUACAACCGCUGCAAUUAUUUAAAAUUUUUCCAAAUUAGGCAUAGGCUUUCUGAUGAGUUAAAAGUUUAUGUAAAUAAUGACACGAUGGACUUUAAUAACCAUGCAACAGGAGCAUGAAAAUAUGCCAAAUUAAGCCAUGCAGCCUAAUUUUCAUUUGUAGUUCCAGGCAGGUUGAUUAUGUUAAAUAUCACAAAAACAUAAAAAAAAAUGUCCAAUAAUUUUUUUUAUCAUAAUCAUAAUUGACAUUAACUAACAAAACACACAACCUCAUGUUAUGAGUUCACAUUUUAUUAUCCAAUAGCCACUGUUUAACAGAUGUAGAAAAGGAAACAAAAGGUCCAAUUGUCACUGAAGUAAUCUUACAGACAGUUCUCUUUAUUUAAAACCAUUUGUUCCUCAUAUUCAACAAAUUGGCAAAAACUAACAGUUUAUGACAGCAUCUAGGUACUUACAAUGAAUUUCUUUACUGUAAGUGCUUUUCUGUGCUUAAUUGGUGCUGUUGAAUUGUGCAAAAAUAUUAAUGAGAAUCUGCAUUACUCCUGUAUGGGAAGAAACCUCAGCUAUAUACCAGCCAGUAUACCCUCCUCUGUUCAAACACUGGAUUUCAGUUUUAAUGUCUUGAGAUACUUACAGAAGACUGUAUUCCCGGCUUUCACCUUUCUGCAAGUUCUUGAUCUUUCAAGAUGCAACAUCAUACACAUUGAAGACGAUGCUUUCUACAAUGUGAAGAAUUUGACAACUUUGAUUCUCACUGGGAACCCUGUUACACAUUAUGGAGUUGAUUGCUUUAAUAUUUUACAUAAUCUACAGCGACUGGUUCUUGUUGAUGUCGGUCUCACUUCCCUACAGUUUCAUAUGAACAAUCUGACCAAACUACAGAAACUUAAAGUUGGGACAAAUAACCUUCAGUCCAUGACUCUCCCUGCAUUCAUGAGCAGUUUUACAGACUUCAGUGUAUAUGAUCUACAUGCUAAUAAUAUAUCCAUCAUAAAAUCUGAUCACACCAUUGUACUGCGAGAGAUUGGCAGAAACAUGACAUUAAUACUCUGUGGGAAUCCUUUAUUAUACAUUGAACCAGGAGCUUUCAAAGACAUUUAUCUGAGAGAGCUGGAUAUACGAUCUGCAUUUGUUUCAUCUGCUGCUCAAGAACUUGGUCUGAAAGCUCUUUAUGGACUUCAUGUCAGGAGACUAAUAUUGGGAAACUACGAGGGCACGUAUAGCUUCGAAUCAUUGGAUAAUGAGCUUUUAGAUGGCAUUUGCUCUAUUUAUUUCCAGGAGAUAUAUUAUUACACAUCAGAAAGGCCUGAUAAGCAAAUUCCCAUUUUUCAGUGCAUGGUUAAUGCCACAAAUAUAACAGUAAAACGUGCUUACAUUCCUCAAAUGGAGUAUGUGCGUUUUCAUAAACUCAAGGAUCUUUAUUUAAUUUCCAGUUUAUUAUUGGCUUUGCCUGGUCAACAACUUUCACAUCUCCAUACUUUAGAAAGACUUGUGAUAACAGACUCUGCACAUAUCCGCGGUGGCACCUUUACUGACAUGCCUAAACUUCACUAUCUGGAUCUGAGCUCUAACAAACUGACAUUCGAUUGCUGCAUAACACUGCUGUCUGGCACACCUCAAAUCAAAUACUUGAAUUUGAGUUUAAAUGCAGAAAUCGGAUUUCCCUUGGGAGGAUUUAAUGGUCUUGAAUCCCUUGAGAUUUUGGAUAUCCACCAUACAAGGGUUUUAGAUAUUGGACACUUUUCACUUUUGUCUAACUUGAAGGAUUUGAGGUAUCUGGAUUUGUCCUUUUCAAGCAUCACAUUUGAGAACACACUUUGCUUUUUUGGGCUGAUCAGUCUGAAUGUUCUUAAGAUAGCUGGUAAUAGUUUUCACAGUGAUGUGUCAAGAUAUUUAUUUAAUAAUCUUACACAUUUAGAGUAUCUUGAUAUGUCAUAUUGCCACAUUGACAAAUUACAUCCAAGCUCUUUCAAAGAUCUUCAAAGGCUUAAGAUUUUGCAUCUCAGUGGAAACAAGUUAAUGACUAUAGAUUUUCUGACCAACACAAAUCUGAAGAAAUUAACAUCAGUUUAUCUAAAUCAAAACAGCAUUACUAGUAUCUCACUUGGUGUUCUCCAGAAGUUGCCCACAAACCUUUCAGUGUUUGGUUUGUCCUUUAACCCCAUCGACUGCUCCUGCACUCACACAGAUUUUAUUUUGUGGAUCAUCAAUCAUCAGCAGAUGUUGGAUCAGCCACAUAACAUGUUAUGUAAAACCCCUUCACCGAGCUCAGAUUUUACAGUAACUGAUUUUGACAUUAACAGCUGUGUGCACAGAACCAAACUCACAAUUGUUUUAUUGAUAUGUUUUGUGUUGGUAGUGGCUGUUUUAUCAGUCCUGGUUUAUAGGUUUCAGUUUUAUCUGAAAUACUCCUGUGUACUACUGAGAGGUUACAGGUCAGCCAGACAACAAGAAUUUGCCUAUGAUGCAUUUGUGAUUUUUUCAAGCUAUGAUGAAAUGUGGGUCAUGAAUGAACUGAUGGAAAAUCUGGAAAAUGGAGUUCCACCUAUUCAGCUUUGCCUUCACAUGCGGGACUUUGAAGCCGGAAAAUCCAUCGCCUCCAACAUUAUUGAUGAAGGAAUAAUGGGUAGCCGUAAAGUCAUUGUGGUUGUGUCUCAACACUUCAUUAACAGUGAUUGGUGUCGCUUUGAGUUUGAAAUAGCUCAGUCCUGGUUUGUGAUGGAACGCAAUGCCAACAUCAUCAUCAUCAUUCUGGAAGAUGUGGAGGAGAGGAAGACUAAGAAAGUGUUUGGUCUUCAUAAACAUCUGAAGAAGAACACAUACCUGAAGUGGAGUAGAGACCCGCUGAGUAAAAUGAGAUUCUGGAUUCGACUCCGGAAAGCGAUUAUUGCCACAAAAUAA